AUGAGCAGGCUGCUGAUUUGGACAUGGCUGCAACGCUUGGGAAGAUGCUCUCGGUGUGGAGUUGAAGAAGAGUCUCGAAUAACUGGCACUUCUUCAGUCCAAGCAAGACCGACAACGCUAGGAGCGCUGCGUACUUCGAAUUGCAGUGUCCAGAUUGUUCCGAGGGCGAAAGAAGUGGCGAGUUGGAAGGACGAAGAGGGCGAGGACCUCGACCAUGUUGUUGAGCAUGUUCGUUUCGAUGAUCUGGACUUGAAUGGGUACAGCGGCUGUGUUGAGCGCUUCCGGUGGCACAGAAACCUCGGCGCACGCUCUCUUGUCUUGAUGACUCCCAACAAGCAAGGCUUUGCAAUAUCAGAUCUGUUGAUGAGAACACUUCGUGCGGUGUGCGGGGUGCUCUUCUCCUCACCUUCACUGCGUGCCGAUGACCGGCGCCAAGAUGCACGAACGCACAAACGCACCAGCAAGACUCUCGAGCUUGCGCUUCUGCCACUCGCAGCACACUGCACCUGCAGCAGCUUUCGUAGUCGUCCUUUGUCACACGACUUCUCAAGUGCGAACUUGUCAGUGAACGAAGAGUACCUCUCACGCACUCGAAGAGCAGAACUCAGCAUCAUCAAGCAGCUCCUGAAGACGAGACCUGGGCUGGAUGUUCAAGCUCGACAACGCGACAAUCAGAUCGCUACACUGAGGACUGGCAGUCCAGACAAAGGAUCGAAGAGGAGCGGAUGUGAAGACAGAGCAGUGAAAAGAGAGAUGGUCGUCGCAAAGAAGGCGCUGAAGGCGGCUGAAGCUCGAGCCGAGAGAAUGUGUGGGCACUACAACUGUUGA